UCAUCAUCCGCCACCAUGAACCCCAAUCAAUCAUCUUCUCCACCCUCUCAAUCCACCCCCUCAAACCCCAAAUCACCACCCCAACCCACCACCCCAUCCCCAUCCCCAUACUACCACCCCUCCCCUUCUCGCCCCAUCUACAGCGACCGCUUCAUCCCCUGCCGAUCCUCCUCCAAUUUCGCCCUCUUCGACAUCUCCCCUCCGCCACCGCCUCCGCCGCCCUCCGACGCCGCCCGCGCCGACGACACUUCCUCCUCCUCCGCUGCCUACACUGCGCUUUUGAGAACCGCAUUGUUCGGGUCGGAUCUAGGGUUUUCUGGUGGUCCAUCUACGCCUGAUAAGAAGGGUUUUGUUUCAGUUAAUAGUCCGGUUAACCGGAAUAUUUUUCGGUUUAAGAGUGAGACUCGACAGUCGUUGCAUUCGUUGUCGCCGUUAGGGUUUGAUGAUCAUUCCGUUAAUGUUAGUCAUAGCCCCGUUAAAGCUCCCAGAAAAGUUCCUAGAUCUCCCUAUAAGGUUUUGGAUGCACCUGCAUUGCAAGAUGAUUUUUAUUUGAAUCUUGUUGACUGGUCUUCGCAUAAUGUGUUGGCUGUGGGAUUGGGGAAUUGUGUUUAUUUGUGGAAUGCUUGUAGUAGUAAGGUGACUAAGUUGUGUGAUUUGGGGGGUGAUGAUAGCGUUUGUUCGGUUGGGUGGGCGCAACGCGGGACUAAUCUUGCCGUUGGGACCAGCAAUGGAAAAGUUCAGAUUUGGGAUGCCUCACGCUGUAAGAGAGUAAGAACGAUGGAAGGGCAUAGGUUACGUGUCGGAGCACUAGCUUGGAAUUCAUCAAUGCUAUCUUCAGGAAGUCGAGAUAAAAGCAUUCUUCAAAGAGAUCCUCGUGCACAAGAAGAUUUUGUUAGUAAGCUAAGUGGUCAUAAAUCAGAGGUCUGUGGACUCAAGUGGUCUUAUGAUAAUCGUGAGUUAGCGUCAGGUGGAAACGAUAACAGGCUUUUUGUUUGGAACCAACAUUCGACACAACCUGUCUUGAAAUACUGUGAACAUACGGCUGCUGUGAAAGCAAUUGCGUGGUCCCCACAUAUUUAUGGACUUCUGGCCUCUGGUGGAGGUACUGCUGAUCGUUGUAUACGGUUUUGGAACACAACCACCAAUUCUCACCUGAGCUGCAUGGAUACUGGUAGCCAGGUAUGCAAUCUUGUGUGGUCAAAGAAUGUCAAUGAGCUCGUGAGCACCCACGGAUACUCUCAAAACCAGAUUAUUGUUUGGAGAUACCCUACUAUGUCAAAGCUUGCGACACUUACGGGGCACACGUAUAGAGUUCUCUACCUUGCAAUUUCACCAGAUGGACAGACGAUUGUGACUGGAGCUGGAGACGAAACACUUAGAUUCUGGAACGUGUUUCCAUCACCCAAAUCUCAGAAUACAGAGAGUGAAAUUGGUGCAUCAUCUUUUGGCAGAACGCACAUUCGUUAAAACCCCGUUUCACAUUUGGGAUUUUCGGGUCACCACUGAAGUCACAAAGUUUAAGAAAGAACGGUUAUAACUUAGGGUUAAGGAGUUUACCAUGUUGAUCAGCUUGAUCAUGCCAUUGCAGAUGCUGCAGCGCUCAGAGUUUAAAUUAUUUCCGUCUGUUUUUCAUGUAAAUUUGUGAAUAUAAGUUAAAAGUUAACAAUGCUGUUACCAACUCUGAAAUUAGACCAAGUUAAACCUUGACUAGUUGUUUUGUUCCCUUUGGUUCAUCGUCAAGUGUCGAACAAGGCAAACAAUACUGAUUUGCUGUAAAAGAUUGCGUCCAGAUGGUUGUUUU